ACUAAAGAAAACAGUGUCGGAUGAGAAGAGGAUCAGCUGACAGAUGUAAACAAUCCACUUGUAAACAAAGAGUCUUCCACCCUAAUUUUCUCCUUUUUUACUUCUUCUCCAUCAUGGCCGGGAGAGCACUCAAGAGACUGAUGACUGAAUACAAACAGUUGACACUGAACCCACCAGAAGGCAUUAUUGCAGGUCCUACAAAUGAAGAAAACUUUUUUGAAUGGGAAGCACUUAUCAUGGGCCCAGAGGGAACAUGUUUUGAAUGUGGAGUGUUUCCAGCCAAACUGAUCUUUCCUCCAGACUACCCACUCUCUCCUCCAAAAAUGCAGUUUACAUGUGAGAUGUUUCACCCUAAUAUUUACCCAGAUGGCAGAGUAUGUAUCUCAAUUCUUCAUGCUCCUGGCGAUGAUCCCAUGGGGUAUGAAUCCAGUGCAGAGAGAUGGAGUCCAGUGCAAAGUGUCGAGAAGAUCCUGCUCUCAGUUGUAUCCAUGCUUGCAGAGCCAAAUGACGAAAGCAGUGCAAAUGUUGAUGCUGCAAAGAUGUGGCGAGAUGAUAGGGACCAGUUCAACAGGAUAGCUGAGAGAUUGGUCCGCAAGACUCUGAAUUUGCCCUACCCGUAGUAGAGGGUGAUUAUUAAUAUUAGAGUUUACAUAGAGAGAGAGAAAAAUAUAUGGAUAUUAUUUUGUUGAUAAUGAUGAGAAUGGACUGUUUACUGUUUGUUAUUGAGGUUUGGUAGUCAGAGAUAUUUUAGAUAUUGUGUCUAAAAGAUCUUUUGUCCUUUCUUUCUCUUUGUCAGACUUUUUUAUACUUUCCUUUUCUUAACUGUUAUUAUUAUGUGGCCAAAGCCUUCAGCAAUAAGUAGCUGGUUAGAAUUGUAACAAUUAUGUAGAGCAUUCAAAGAUUUUCCUAAAUAUUUGUAUAAAAUAAUUUUUCCUGUUUCUUGAAACUCCUUAGAGAAAAUUUUAAUAGUACUUCAGGGUAAGAUUAUGUGGAAAUUAGAGAUUAUUUGGAGUUAGGUUUAAUUUCAGACCAGUGAAAAAUAUUCAUGUGGAGGCCUAUACUGGAGAUCAGAUAUUCUCCUAUGUUAUAAAUUCCCUCACGAGCGAGUAGUUACUAAGGAUAAUUUUUUUUUUAAAUCAAGGCUUUAUGCUAUUACUUGUAAUAAAUGUUAUAAUUCAGUGGAAAA